UAAGAGGCGAAUAGAUGGCACCGCCAAAUUAAAGGUGCGUUCCGCGCCCUAUUCUGCAACGCUUUGCUGAUUGUAACAUUUGCUAGGUUUCUUCUAUAGUUUUGAUAAAGUGUAGACUGUAGUCUGCUUCCAUAUUUUGCCAUAACCAAAGCGGUGAGUUGCCUAACCAUAACGGCUGUUCAAAUUCAAAAUGAGGCUCCGUAGGCGCAUAGGGCAUUAUACACAGCUGAUUAUAAAUCAAGGUGUUUUCGAAUAGGUAAGCAAGUCCGAGGCUUGAUUGAUGACCGAUGUCCCUCGAGCUUCCCAUGGCAAUGUUAUAAUGAUUCAGUCUCUUCUUGUUGCCCUUAUGAUCACAAUUCACUCCAAACUACACGCAUCAUCAUUUUCACCCCAGAGCGACGAUGAUCACCAAGAUUUGAAAAAGGGCAACGAUUCUGCCAUCAAAAAGGAGUCAGACACCGACUCUUCGGCAUUAAUCACCAGCCAGCAUCCCGCCGCUCCACAGACACCGCAAGAGGGCAGUGAACCCAAGAACGAGCCGGAAAAAGAUCCCAAUAACAAAGAGCAGGUGGCGCAAGUCGAAAUCACGAAAGAAAUUCUUCAACGCUAUGUGGAACUAGAGAAGAAGACUCACGAGUUAGAAGACCAGAAUAUCGUCAAAAGUCUGAAGAUGAAGACCGAACAAUUGAAUGAAAUCAAACUCAACGUGGAGAUGUAUGAGAAACAGUAUGCACAAUGUGUGGAACAGACCAAAAAGGAAAAAGAUGAUGUCGACAAGAUGCAAGAGCCAUCAGUGAAAGAUUUCUUCAACGACCAAGCGGCAUUUGAUACCCAGCUCUCGAAGGAACAGGAAGAGUAUUUAGAGGCGCUAAAUAAACAAGAGGUGACAGAGAAAGCGCUCGACGGCGCCAAGAAACAGCAUGAGAAGGUCGCGGCAGAAGUGGCAGGGUUAAAGGUAGAAGCGGAAGAAUUGUAUGCGAUAUAUAAGGAACAAGAUGAAUUAUUAGCAAAACUCUUCGGAGGUAAAUACGGCAGUGACCUAGAAUACAAACUUGAGACGGAGCUCGAUAUGCUACUAGAUCGGAAACAGCGUAUAGGUGUCGCCAAGUACAAGUGGCAGAAUGGUCGCGUAUUACUCAAUCAUGCGUGUAACCAGUUGGCGUUUGCAUCGAAACGGUGGCAGGAUCUUCCUAAAGUUCAAGCGAACAAUACUCAAAUGAAAUACCAAGUUGCCACGGAAACCAGAAACAACCUCAUAGCGGCUAGUCAGAACAUCACGUCCGCCCAGCAGUAUCUCAACACGAUCCAGUUCCCAUAUUGCAAACCGGAAGAGAUUGCCACAUUAGAUAAAGCGGCGCAGAAUAUUUAUACAGAUAUGCAGACACCAGAAAGGCAGGCUCAUGCACUGCAGUGUUACAGUACGACGCAUAGAAGAAGUGCUGCACUGAUACAGUGGUUUGAUUAUGUCAUAUCAAGUACAAUCGUAAAGGAUAUGCACUCAGCCACAGUCGAUGUCAACAAGAAAGAGAAACAACUUCGAGACGAGAGGCUGAGAUUGAUCAAGGCGAAGGUUUCGGAGCAUCUUGAUGAAGAUGUGGAUGCACUUUUCCAGAGCAAUGAAGAAUACGAAGACCCGGUAGAGGCGGCAGACCGCGAAGUUGCCAUGAUGUUUGAAGCGGACGACGUGAGCGACAGUGGUGAUCUCCCAGGAGGCGACCCAGCCAUGCCUGAAGGCCUAGAGGCACCUGGAGCAGGCAUGAAAGCACCUACACCAAUGCCGCUCGAUCAGUUGGCACCUGCACCAGGUACCACAGACCUCUUUGGAAAUAUCGACGAACUGAAGAAACAGCACGAGCAAGAGAUUGAAGAAUUCAACCGAGCGCAAGAAAUGAACAAGGUCCGAAUGGAUCAGGGUCUCCAGGAGAAACUCAUGGCCAGACGCAGUCGUAGAGCUCGACAGACAGCUCAGCCACCAGCUGUCUAGGAAGCUAGGAUUAGCCUUAGAUUAGUUCUUUUGCUGCUGAAGUAAUUUUAAAGGGCACCGCACCCGGCCUGGGCGGUAGCGAAAUAGUUAAGUUAGCAGGCAUCAGCUCUCUUAGAAACAGGGGUCACAUGAACAUUAUCACAAAUCUGUACUAGAGAGCUGAAAUUUAUUACCUCCGCAGAUCCUACACAUUUCCACUUGUUCUCAGAUGAAAUAAUUCUGGGUUCAUUCUACCACUUGUCAGCAUGUGGUCUGUUGUUUAAGGUAUGUAAUAAAAUAUUGGCAAGUGUUGAGGCUUUUCUGUUUCAUAAUUCCGUCCUUUAAUCUUUUUUUGUUGUUGAGAUUUCUUCCAUGACAAGUGUUAAGGCUUCUCGGUUUCAUAAUUCCGUCUAUCAAUCUUUUUUUGUUGGUGAGAUUUCUUCCAUGACAAAUGAUGAGGCUUCUUUCUAUCAUAAUUCCAUCUAUCAAUCUUUUUUUGUUGGUGAGAUUUCUUCCAUUACAAAUGAUGAGGCUUCUUUCUAUCAUAAUUCCGUCUAUCAAUCUUUUUUUGUUGGUGAGAUUUCUUCCAUUACAAAUGAUGAGGCUUCUUUCUAUCAUAAUUCCGUCUAUCAAUCUUUUUUUGUUGGUGAGAUUUCUUCCAUUACAAAUGAUGAGGCUUCUUUCUAUCAUAAUUCCAUCUAUCAAUCUUUUUUUGUUGGUGAGAUUUCUUCCAUGACAAAUGAUGAGGCUUCUUUCUUUCAUAGUUCUAUCUAUCAAUCUUUUUUUGUUGGUGAGAUUUCUUCCAUGACAAAUGAUGAGGCUUCUUUCUUUCAUAAUUCCGUCUAUCAAUCUUUUUUGUUAGUGAGAUUUCUUCCAUGACAAAUGAUGACGUUUCUUUCUUUCAUAAUUCCGUCUAUCAAUCUUUUUUUUGGUGCGAUUUCUUCCAUGACAAAUGAUGAGGCUUCUUUGUUUCAUAAUUCCGUCUAUCAAUCUUUUUAUGUUGGUGCGAUUUCUUCCAUGACAAGUGAUGAGGCUCAUUUGUUUAAUAAUUCCGUCUAUCAAUCUUUUUUUUGUUGGUGAGAUUUCUUCCAUGGCAAGUGUUUACAUGUAGGUUUCUUAAUUUUAUAUCUACAAUUAAAUCUGUUUAAAAAUAUGUACAUGUACUGUUGAGAUAAUAUUUUAGUAUUUUUGUGUCCUUUGCCGACACUUUAGUCUAUAUAUAAUCCGAUAUUGUGUGCAACGUGGUGUAUAUAAUUUUGUGAAUACAAUGUAUUGUAGAAACCUCUUGUCUUGCAUGUCUUAGACUUUCUCUCAAAAGUUUUCGUUGUGCUGUGACAAGUGCUGCCAUCUAUGUACCUCUUACUACCAGUAAUAAAAACCAGUGUGCAUUCUUCAUAUUGUAGAUCAGAACUACAGUUUCUUGUACAAACUUUUGUAUGGAAAACCAAUGAAACAAGUUACAAUUUUUACUUUCAGGACCUAACGAGAUUUUUGUAUUAUACUGUGUGCAUUAUUUGUGUUAUAGAAGUACAGUUUAAGUUGUACAUACUUCCCUUUAAUAUGAAAACCAAUUAAGACAAUCUACACGUAUUUUCACUUUCAGGACCUGGCUAUAUUUUUGUAUUGUUUGCAUUAACGAGUUGAGAUUAAGAGUCCAAUAUUUUUCUACUAUGACAAACGUAUGAUAUCCGUCCUAUGCAAAACAGUGAUUAGUUUGUAAGUCUAUCUAAUAUAAAAAAGCGUUUUAAAGGGACGACUUGGGUGUGAGAUAUGUUGGUUUUGGUCACAAAAUGGCUUCCAGCUGGGCCUUGUCUUCUCCAAAUGGGAUCAUUGAAAAAUCAUUAACCUUAAUUGAAUAGUGCUCUAGUCUAGAACAGGAUGUAGCUGGAGAUCUGCCUGAAAUGCUCUUGAAAAGCCAACUCUAAACCCAUCUCGUAUCACUGGCAAAAUCAUUUUCAGAGGUCAGCAUAAUUACCGUAUGGUGGCAAACGGGCAUUAUCCUGCUGGCCAGACAGAUCACGGACCCCCAAGUUGUCCCUUUAAAAUGUAUAAUAAAUCUGAUAAACCUGUUCGUAAAUACAUGUACAUUGUACAUGUAAUCGUAGUUGUGUCUUGUAAAAGAAAUCAUGUUGGUGAUGGUGUAAAUUGAGGACGAUUUUCAACAUGGAGAAUCAAUUUCCAAGCUUGUUGAGAAACAGGCAGGCCUUCCAACCAGUCGAGCUGGCCUGUCUUGGGAAAGGAGAUGGUAUUUCAAUAAUGUUGGAAAAGCUGUGCCUAAUGUUCUUUUUUAAUCUUGAUACUUUAAGUACUGUCCCUUUUCUUGUAUCUUUGUAUGUACAGUGUUAUUUAACAAUCAUACACAUAUAUGAACUUAUGCCUUUGGUUACUGACAUAACUCUUGAGUAAGCACCAUAUCUCGCGCCUUGUCAAAGCGCAUGACCAGUGCAACCUGAAAACAAACGCUCUCAUACUCUGGCGCAGUGAUACUACCGUGGAACUUCCCUUAGCAGACACCUCUCUAAUGAGGACACCCUCUCUAUCAAGGACACUAGUUUUGGUCUUUGAAUUUAAUGUCCGUUGCUCUCCUAAUUAAAACCGAAUGUUUCGAUUUAUUAUCUUCACUGUGCAUCACAUUGCCAAGCUACUGUAUAUUCUGACAUUAAUUGCAGUCCAUUGAGUGGUUUGUCCCCUUGUGCUCUAAUUGCAAAGAAUAAAGUUUGAUGUGUAGUUUUUACUACAACUAAAAAGAUGUAUGCUGUCUAUGUAGCAUGUAGCGUACGAAGGCAACCUGCAUAUAUCAAUGUUGGCAAAUAGUAAUAGGGAAAGGCGUUGGUAGGAAUCUAGGAAAUAACAUUUCGGCAAUAUUUGGAGCAAAACCACUAAGAAUGGCUAAAUGAUAGACCCUAAAACCAUCCAAACGCGUGAUCAGUUUCAAACAGUCAAAGUGGUUGGUGCCCUACAUUGACUUUAAUACUAAAAGGAGGAUGGACUCUGAGACUGAUUUUGAGAAAGAUUACUUUAAAUUAAUGAAUAAUGCUUUCUACGGAAAGACUUGUGAAAACAUAAGGAACAGGAUGGAAAUUUAAUUGGUAUCUAGAUUACCUAGGUUCCUACCAACGCCUUUCCCUAUUACUGCAAAUUAACAUGACCCCCACCAGAAUUGCCAUAUGGUAUUAUAAAAAAAGUAAUUUAAAAUUCGCAUAUAAAUGGCAUCAAAUUAUUUGAAAUAGUUAAUCAAAAUCAAAAUGGAAUAUGUAAUACGUAGGCUUCACGACCAAGUGUUCACACACAUGAAUCCACUUUUUGGACAAUGAUGGCAUAACCUCCCUAAUAAGGACACCUUAUUGUCUGAUCGGAGACACAGACGUCUGUGUAUGUUCAGUGUUAUUAAA